GCUUAUCUUUCCGUACGCGCAACGAUGACAACCGGAGCGAUGCAGUCGCAAAAUUAUUCCUACUUCGGCAGUAACUUACCGGGAAAAGACACGGGCUCUCAUGCUCAACAGUUAGAUUUUCCUUACACUCCCUGCCGAAUGCAGUCACCAAAUUAUUAUAAUCAAUCGCCGCUACCGAGUUUUAUGUCACCCAUGCCUCAGGGAAGCCUCGGUCAAGUGAAUGGAUAUACCGCGGAGCCAUCCACGUACCCGAACGCACCGAUUUCAGGGCAAAAUGGGAGCACAAUUCCGAUUGAUCAUCAAGGUUACUACUCGCCUCAAGAAGCAGGUCAGAACUGCUCCUUCCACCAAUACGCUUGGUUGAAAAGCACUUCUUCUGCGGAAAAUUGGUGGCAUAACUCGACUGCGGCAGGAAACGUUGCUUGGAACAGUAGAGGAGCUUCCGAGGGAAAACGCAAAAGGACAGCUUACACUCGAAAGCAGUUGCUGGAACUAGAGAAAGAAUUCCAUUUUAACCAUUUUCUUACCAAGGAGAGGAGAGCUGAAAUGGCUUCUCAAUUAAACCUCACUGAAAGGCAAGUCAAAAUUUGGUUUCAAAACCGGCGCAUGAAAUGGAAAAAAUGCAACUCUCAAGCAAUGAGUAAAAGCUCAAAACCUGGCACGGGUUCUCAAAAUACAAGCGCGGCUACAGUUCAAGACCUUCACAUUCCUAACCCAGUAUCACAGCCCUUGAGUACAACAUCCAUAAACUCACAAACAUCCUUGGACAACGCUACUGUUCCAAGCUGUUUGGCAGGCUAUCGAGGCCACCAGAGUUGAGAACUUAGCCAUGCGCGUUCAGCAAUUCGUUUAUAAUUUACGACUGAAAUCCUUCUCAGUCAACAUUCGUCCGAUCGCAUUCUUAUUUAACAUUUUAAAGAAACAUUUCUAACGUAAGGAUAAAGAGAAUUUUUUUCUUGGUCAUAAAAGAGAGAUUUUAUUAAAGAUGCAGUUAUGAUAAGUUGAUUUUCAAUAAUGUAUUUAGCAAGAAAUGAAUGAAUAUUCAGUGUAUAAAGCUGACUAGUCUCUCAUUAGCAAGUUAGUUCGGAAGUGAAUCGUUGCUCUCUUUUGAAGGCGACGCUGGGUCACGAAACAUAGACCACGUUCCACUGUACAUACAAACAAAAAUUAUAAAACGAAAGGAGCUGUAAAUAUCAUGUCCGCUAAACUGUAUUUCCAUAACGCACUCACAAUUUGGAAAUAACGUUUUCAAAACUUCGAAGAGACUUUUAUUUAUGCCAGAAAUAUUUCAGCGGGCAAGAACCCACGAGUUGAAGUAAACGCCGUUAUUUACAUCAGAUAGGUUUCAAAUUGCUUUAAAAGACCAAUACUUGUAUUUAAUUUCUUAACGUUACACAUUUCUGCUAAGUUUGUGUCGUUCGAAACAAUCCCUCUAUUUGUGUAUGUUGUGUAAAGACUCAAUAAAAUUUUCUCUGUCAAUAUUUGUCGAGCAAUUAGAGUUGAGACAACAAGAACCGAACUAAUAUUUACGUCAAGGAGAUCCUGAACAAGCUCUCAACACUGGUGGUUCGAGUUUAAUUUUCCGCUUUUUCCCCGAGGCAGAAAGAAAAUUUACAUUCCGUGGUUGACAAAACGACAAUAAAAUUACAGCUUAGUGA